AUCGGCGCGAAUGCUUGUGUGUGCAACGUGUUUUUAUUUCGCACGUUGAGACGAACGCGAACACGAUAUGAGUAGCGGCAAAAGAAAACUAUCGUUUUUGGGCUUCUCACCUCAGGGUGAGGGUGAGGACGAGAUCCGGCUGGACGAGGAGAUGGAUCGGGUGCUGUGGGGCGAGGGCGGGCCUCCGCCACUUCUGGAAAACACAGCUUCGCCGCUUCGGGAUAUCGCUGCACCAGUGCCACAGCAAACAAUGCAAGAUGGCGGUAGUUUACCCAGUGUAACAGAAUUAUCACAAGCCAGCCCGUUACCGUUGGACAGCAUGGGAUCAGAUCAUCCGAUGUCGGUGGGUUUUUCGGGUUCGGGUUCAGCGGGGAGUCCUCGGGAGGUGGAAGACAGACGCGUGCAGUUCGACGGCGAUCGGCGCAGCUCCACAACUGAGCUUUUCGACGAUGCAAAUGACGAACGACGUAAUCAGAGAUUUGUAAAGGUGCCACAACCAUACAAGACACGGAAAUUGGUGGUGCACGAGAAUGUGAGCUUGCCUCUCGAUGACGAGCCUAGCGAUAUGGUGGGCUCGGACGAACACAUGCCGGAGAUGGACCAAGACGUGUUGCGCAGUCAUCGCAGUGACGACCCGAGAGCCCUACGAAGACAUAAGAUACGCAAGGGCUCGACGGUGCACGUCGGCCGAAAGGAUGGCGGUGACAGGGUUGCUGAUAUACUCUCGGAUUUAACAUACAAAAAAAUGUACGACCAUAGGCCUCACGCGGUCUUCGUCCAACUCGAUGAGCUUUUCGCCACCGAGGAUGGUGAUCCGGAAUGGAAGGAGACAGCUCGCUGGAUCAAAUACGAAGAAGAUGUGGAGGAAGGUUCUGCGAGAUGGGGUCGGCCGCAUGUCGCCUCUCUCUCGUUUCACUCACUGCUGAAUCUGAGGCGAUGUCUGGAGACCGGUGUAGUACUACUCGACCUCGACGAGAAGGAUCUUCCUGGUGUAGCAUACAGGGUGGUCGAAAGCAUGGUUACCGAAGGUCUCAUCGAGGAAGACGAUAAGCCGGUUGUAAUGCGAUCGCUUCUACUGAGACACAAACACGUGCACGACGAACGAUUCAGAUUCUCAAUAGGGGGCAAGAAACAAUCCUCAUACACCAGUUUGCAGUCGCUGUGGCUGGAGGAGCCUGGUUUGGGGCACGGCGGUGCGAACGGUGCGCGCAUUCGCUGCACGCAUUGCUCCCCCGCCGGCACCUGUCGCCGACACAGCGCCCACAUUCUUAGCCUGUCGGAACGACGUUUUGGGCGUCGAAGUUCUUACGCCUUACCUCUUCAUGAACGUUCCGAAACACGUAAGAAGACGUCAGCUCCGGGCCUCGAUCAACGUGAGAUAGAAUACGUCGCCGCAGGAGUAGACGGCUCCCAGGAUGAACUGCGACGUGGACACAAUGACUCCAUCAUGAAACGUAUUCCCGAAGACGCCGAAGCGACCACAGUUCUCGUCGGUGCUGUGGGUUUCCUGGAUCAACCAACCAUCGCAUUCGUCCGUCUUGCGCAAGGAAUUUUGAUGCCUUCAAUCACCGAAGUCCCUGUGCCCGUUCGAUUCAUGUUCAUCCUCUUAGGUCCGACUGCUGCUGAUCUCGACUACCAUGAAGUCGGUCGUUCUAUAUCGACACUAAUGUCGAAUCCGUCGUUCCAUUCCAUCGCUUACAAAGCUGAUGAUCGUCGUGAACUCUUAUCAGCUAUCAACGAAUUCUUAGAUGAUUCUAUUGUGCUGCCACCUGGUGACUGGGAAAGGCAGGCUCUGUUGCCGUUCGAAGAACUACGAGCUAAAAGUGAAAUGAUAAGGCGGCGUAAGCGUGACGCAUUGGAACGUAAGAAAGCCGCCGCCGAAGCGGCCUCUCCUCCCUCCGUUGAAAAGCAGACCCUGAUUACUGCGGAAGCUGGGGAAAAGCAGGAAAAAGAAUACGAAGAUCCACUUUCUAAGACUGGUCGUAUUUUCGGGGGUGUAAUACGUGAUAUUAAAAGGCGCUAUCCGUAUUACUUGUCCGAUUUCCGAGACGCGUUGAACGGACAAUGUGCUGCGGCCACUAUAUUCAUGUACUUUGCUGCACUGUCGUCGGCCAUCACUUUCGGUGGGUUACUCGCCGAAAAGACUAACGGAAAAAUUGGCAUAUCGGAAACUUUGGUUUUCACGUGCGCUGGUGGAGUAUUAUUCGCUUUGCUGGCUGGCCAGCCAAUGAUGAUCACCGGAGCAACCGGUCCUUUGCUUCUACUUGACGAAUCACUGGCGACGUUCUGCCGAUCCUACGGGUUCGAAUUUCUAGCUGCUAGAAUGUACUGCGGCAUCUGGAUGAUAGUUAUUGCCAUUUGCGUGGCAUCGGUUGAAGGGAGCGUGGCUGUUAAGAAGAUUACCAGAUUUACAGAGGACAUAUUUGCGUUCCUGAUAUCCCUGAUCUUCAUCUCGGAGCCAAUUACGAACCUGAUCAGCUUGUACCGAGCGCAUCCGCUCGGUUAUGACUACUGCCAACACAGCGUUAACAAUACUACGGAACCACCAACUAUUGGGAACAAUACCCUUAAUAAUAAUGCAACAAUGCCCGCGGCACCGCACCACAUCAAGAUUGCGCCACAACCGAACACUGCGCUCUUCUGUACUAUGCUCACACUUUCCACCUUCAUCAUCGCCUACUAUCUUCGUAUCUUCCGCAACGGAAAAUUCCUCGGACGCAGUGCUCGACGAGCUUUGGGAGACUUCGGAGUGCCGAUUGCAAUCGUCCUGAUGGUCGGCGUGUCAGUGUUGGUGCCGGUGUGGACGGAGAAGUUGCAAGUACCUGAAGGUCUCAGCCCAACUGCGGACCGGUCAUGGCUCGUGCCUCUCAACCCUGGCCUGGAGACGAUUCCCAUGUGGGCAGCCUUUGCCAUGGCUUUACCUGCCCUCAUGGUUUACAUUAUCGUGUUUAUGGAAACGCAUAUAGCCGAGUUGAUCGUUGACAAACCAGAACGUCGCUUGAAAAAGGGUAGCGGUUUCCACAUGGACAUAGUGAUAAUGUCUGUGGUUAAUGCUGUGUGCGGUAUGUUUGGUGCGCCGUGGCAAUGUGUCGCUACCGUCCGCUCCGUUAGCCACGUGGCCGCGCUCACCGUCAUGUCCACCACACACGCUCCCGGAGAUAAGCCCUACAUCGUGGAAGUUAAAGAACAACGUCUGACUGGAUUGCUGGUUGCGGUACUGUGUGGCGUAUCUGUGUUAGCCUCUGGUUGGCUGCGUUUGGUACCAAUGGCUGUUCUAUUUGGCGUGUUCCUCUACAUGGGUAUCUCUGCUCUCGGCGGCAUUCAAUUCUGGGAUCGAUGCAUCUUGUUGUUCAAGCCCGUUAAACAUCACCCUCAAGUACCAUACGUCCGACGGGUACCGACUUUGAAGAUGCACUUGUACACACUGAUACAGAUCGCAGGCAUUAGUCUUCUGUACUUGGUGAAAAGCUCUCAGUAUUCACUCGCUCUGCCGUUCUUCCUGGUGAUGAUGGUGCCGCUACGAAUGGCCUUAGCCUACAUUUUCACUCCUCUGCAACUACGAGCUUUGGACGGCGCCCAGAAAGAAAUUGACAAAGACGAGCCGGACUUCUACGAGGAAUCACCGCUUCCGGGUUAAGCAGCUUCUAACUAAAUAUUAACUAGACGUAUUCUUGAAUUAACAACGUCAAGUAUACUUAAAAUAAAAAAGCUAAUUAACAAAUAAUUUUAAAGUCUAUUACCAGUGGCAAUAUUUUGCCAGGUUAUAUACUCUGUGUUAGUAAGGUAAAUAUUUUAGUAAUUUGAAAAAUAAAAUGUAACGGUCCGUCGAUCUUCAAUGGUUGUAUUCUUUCCGAUCAUUAAGCUUUUUAAUGAUUGUAUUUUUCGAAAUACUAUAAAUCUAAGAUUUUUCAUGCUUCUAUCGAUAAUCUUACAUUUUGAUAAAUCAUAAUUUCAUCUUUUUGUUCCUUUUACCAUUAACGACGUUCUGUGUUACGUUUUAUUUUUUACGUUGAACAAUAUUGAGAUUAGAAUUUAUUAAGACGCGGGACGUAGUACGAAGAGACAAUAUUUAAGGCGAGAACAAUAAGAAUCCAUGUUAAACACGGGACUAUAUGCAACAUUUAUAUUAUUCAAACCUUAGUUAAGUCGUAGAUGUAGGUGUUUAUGUAGUAAAAACUAAAAUUAAUAUACAGUGAAACCUGGUUAAGUGAGACAUCAAGGGACCUGCAAU